CAUGGCCUGCCGCGAGGAGCACUGGGGCAGAAGGAGCUCCGUUCUUCCGCAAGCGCUUAGUGGGGACUGCAAAGGCCAGCAAAGAUGCUGCUGUAAACAACUGACUUCCUCUUCUGCGCUGGGGUUUGCCUCCUGUGCUAUGGCUCUACAUGGCCUCUGCAGGGCCAGAAUGCAAUAACCCAGGCCCCAAACAGGAGAAGAGCUUCAGACUUGGGUCAGGCACCCUGCAGGCAGAGAGAGCCCUGCAGUGCCGGGCCUGUCACCUCACUCAGCAGCAGGUGAAACCUGUCUGGAAUAUAAAGGGGAAGCAUGUGAGUACUUUCCAGGAUCACAGCCUGCUGCUCUCAGGGAUCAGUUCACAGCAAUCUUACUUCUUGUACCCACCAUCAUUAUGUGACACACACCGUAGUGAAAGCGCUUUCCCAAGCCUGCCCUUGGCCCAGCCCUGCCUGGAUCUCAGUGGGAGCACUCUGCUCUAUCGGCGCUCCUGCCUCAGAUCCAAGCCCUACAAGUUUCCUUUCCGAAGCUCCCAGGAUACCAGCUCUGCCACACGAAGAGCGAUGUCCUCCUUGCUGAUGGAGCCCUGCCUGUUGCCUGCACUGGCUGAGGAACGUUCUGGGUCUGAGGCAAAAGGCUCUGCCCUUGGCUCACAUAAGCAGGCUUCCAGCUCAUACCGACCAGUGCUCAAUAAUAACUCCUUCCUACGGCCAAGCAAUACUCAAGUGCCUUUGCCGCAGUCACCAGAAAUCAAAAAGCUGAAGAACACCCACAGUUUUCCUGCCGUCUCCUGGCCCCACUCUGGGGAUGGUGGUGACUGCUUCCCUGGCAGCCUUGUGAACAGAGCGGUGAAAAGCAGCAACCUUGUUUUGGAGCAAACCACCAUCCCCUCCCUGACCCCUGUGCCCAGCAGCGUGAUCUUCCGGAAGGACCGUCGCUCUUGGCCCCUGGAGGACACUGAAAGGAGACUGCAGAGCUUAAAGGACAAGCGGCCAGAGAUCAGCCUCACAGACACUGUGCAGAAGCUGGCUGGACAGAUUACUGUGAGGAACAGCUUUGGACAUGAAGUCGGAAGCUCUCGCCUUAUGAACAUGGGCAGCCUGUCCAGUAGGAAAAGCCGGUGGGGACAACACAUUAUAGCCCAGCUCACCCCAAAAGAAACCAUUGCCCCCCUGAACCUGGAGAUGGGUAGCCAUUGCCUUAAUGGUAACUCAAGCCUUAUAGGCACCGAUGGUGCCGUCGUCUGCACUAAACGAAUCAGUGUUCAUCUCUUAGCCUCACGCACUGGCUCCCCCAACCACAGCACUGACUGCCGGCUUGUGAAUAUACUGACCCUGCACAGUGGGGACCAGGCAGCAAGAGCAGAGUCUCCACACCUUGCUGCUGUCUCUGAAGUAGCAACUCAGAUUUCCACUAUUCAACUGGAGAAAGAAGGGAAAUGCUCCGAGGCUGUGCUGCCAGAAAAGCUUGAUGUUACUGUUGGGCAGUUGCCACUGGAGCUGAGCCGUCCUGAGGAGGAUGCGGAGGAAGAACUUCCUGAUGGCUUGGAUGAGAGCUGCAGCCAGGAGGAGGAAGAAGAGGACAGGAGACCAAAUCUGAGUCUCUCCCCUCCUGCAGGUGAAUCAGAUGCUUCCUCUGUUGCCGGACUGUCACCUAAUGGCUCUGUGGCUCUUAUUUCCAGGAACUGCAUCAAGUGCUUGACCCCACCAGCUGAGGCUCAGGAGCAGGUGCUCAAACCAGCUCUUGUCUGCAGUUUAUUCCCUAAUGUGCCUCCAACCAUCUACUUCAGUACUCGGGACGAGAGAGUGGAAAAGCUGCCUUGGGAGCAGAGGAAGCUGCUGCGAUGGAAAAUGAGCACAGUCACACCAAACAUAGUGAAGCAAACCAUUAGCAGGUCUCACUUCAGAGUCAGCAAGAAAAGCAAUGACUGGCUGGGCUGCUGGGGCCACCACAUGAAAUCUCCCAGCUUCCGAGCCAUCAGGGAGCACCAGAAGCUAAACCACUUUCCUGGUUCAUUUCAAAUUGGGAGAAAGGACCGUCUGUGGCGCAACCUGUUGAAGAUGCAGACUCGCUAUGGGAAGAAGGAGUUUAACUUCUUCCCCCAGUCCUUCAUCUUGCCCCAGGACAUAAAGCUGCUGAGGAAGGCAUGGGAGGAGGGAGCUAGCCGCCAGAAAUGGAUUGUGAAACCACCAGCAUCAGCGAGAGGCAUUGGCAUCCAGGUCAUCCACAAAUGGAGUCAACUCCCCAAAAGGAGACCACUGCUGGUGCAGAGAUAUCUGCACAAACCCUACCUCAUUGGCGGGAGCAAGUUUGACCUGAGGAUCUACGUUUAUGUCACUUGCUAUGAUCCCCUCAGGGUCUACCUGUUUAAGGAUGGAUUGGUUCGCUUUGCUAGCUGCAAGUAUUCCUCCUCGAUGAAGAGCCUCAGCAACAAGUUCAUGCACUUGACCAACUACAGUGUGAACAAGAAGAAUACAGAGUACAAGUCCAACUCAGAUGAGACUGCUUGUCAGGGACACAAAUGGGCUCUCAAAGCACUCUGGACUUACCUGACCCAGAAGGGAAUUAAUAGUGAAGCCAUCUGGGAGAAGAUUAAAGACAUUGUUAUUAAAACCAUCAUUGCAUCUGAGCCCUAUGUGAACAGCCUGGUGAAGAUGUAUGUGCGGCGCCCAUAUUGUUGCCAUGAGCUGUUUGGGUUUGAUAUCAUGCUGGAUGAAAAUCUCAAGCCCUGGAUCUUAGAGGUCAACAUUUCCCCCAGCCUCCACUCAAACUCCCCACUGGAUGUGAGCAUCAAGGGGCAGAUGAUUCGGGACCUCCUCAACCUCGCUGGCUUCAUUCUGCCUAGCGUGAACGAUAUAGCCUCAAGGCCAGGAAGUGGAAGCAGCUCUACCCUCAGUCUGGGCAGUGCUGUGAAGGAGAAGCCCAAGCCAGCCUCUGAGCUUCUCACAGCGGAGAAGAUGAAGAGAGCAUAUUACUUGACACAGAAGGUACCUGACCAGGAUUUUUAUUCUUCUGUCUUGGACAUCCUGACUCCAGAUGAUGUUCGUAUCCUGGUGGAGACAGAGGACGAGUAUUCCCGGCGUGGGCAGUUUGAGCGGGUGUUCCCCACCCACAUCUCCAUGCGGUACCUGCGCUUCUUUGAGCAGCCUCGUUACUUCAACAUCCUGGCGACCCAGUGGGAGCUCAAAUACUACUUGAAUAAACAUAAAGGUCUGGAGCUGUUGAGGAACUGGUGUGUCAAAGGAUACCACACUGGGGCAGGGACAGAUUUGGCUCGGAUGUGGUCGUUGCCGAAGUCUUUCUUCCUCCAGAAAAACAACGUUCAAUCAAAUGGCUUCAGCAAACUGGAACUGGGCAGGCUGAGCAGACUGCUCCCUUCAAGAGAUGAUGAGGACCCUGCGAGAAGCCUGGAGCCCAACUCUACACAGAGUUUACCUCUCAACAAGUGCACUGAUGGAGCUGACCAGAAAUCUGCUGGCUGCCUCUCAGACACUACCCUGGUGAUGUGAUUAAGCAGCCACCGUCCCUCCUUGGGGACACCUGAACCUACCUCAAAGGAAGAGACAGGAGCUAGCUCCAGAGACCAAGGACUGUGGGAGCCCCUUGCGCUGCACGCUUGUUCGUGGGCUGUUUUUAGAGAGGGAUAUUUUACUGGGCAAAGGGGAGAGAGCUGUUUAGCUUCAGAUUUUUAAAACAAAAGUCUCCAGAUGGCGAAGCCUGGGGAAGUGUGGUUUGUCUGGCCUUUGUCUUAGGCUUUUGUUAAAGCCUGAUGUGGUGGCAGCUUUUUUGCUGCGUGGGAGCUGGCUGAGCUUGGAGUCAGCCUGGCCUUCCCUUUCCCCACCAGCACAGGCCAAGCCCUUGCUUGGCUGUGUCACUGUGCACUAGUCCUGAGCUGCUGGGAGCCCAGCAGAGCUUAAUCUUCUCUGGCUUCACUGCAGCCUGGCCCCAGGGUAGAGACUGGCAGCCCCAGGAGAAAAAGGCACCCUGGUUCUCCUGCCACCAGUCAGCUCCUCUGGGAGGAGCGGGGUUUGAGACUUAAUUGACUUGGUUUAUCUUUUCGGAAAGCCUGUGCCAAGAUCCUUCCCUGCUGUCCUCCCCCAGCUUCAGGGCCUGGAGGAAACCUCAGGCUUGCACGUCACCACUGCUCGCUUGCAGAGAGAGGCCGCAAACACCAGUGUGGCCACCAUCUGUAGUGGGGCCAGUACAGCUGCCCGGAGGGAGCAUCCUCUCAAGGCUCUUGGCGCUCCUGUGUAACCCUGCAAAGUGUGCACAGGUGCCACAGGCUGGUGCUAUUCUUGUGGGCUCUGAUCUCUGUUUCCCCUUUGUUUCUCAAGGAUCUCCAUUAAAAUUUAGUGCUCUCAGCUGU